CUAACAAGCAUCGCUCGGUGAUACGACUGCCGAAGCCAAGCACCCCGCGACCAGUUGGUACGACUUUGGAAACCGGUUACCUUUGUCUUCCUGUUUCUCUUCUUUCCUGUUCCUGCUCGCUGCUGCUGCUGCUGCUGCAUCUCCCUCUUACAACAAACAUCUCCUCACGUCUCUUCUACUUCAGUCCAACUCCCCUUGAUUAAAUCGAAUUCCCAUCGCAUCAAAAUCCCCCAACUUUCAACAUCCACCUCCAGUCUCGCAUCAUCAACCAGUGACCACCACCAACCACAAUGACUGCCUCCUCCUCAAUCCCCAUCCCCCCCAAAGGCGUCUGGGUCCCCUCCCCCACCUUCUUCACCACGUCCUCCCCCUCCCCUUUCUCCGCUACCCAACCCGCCGUCGACUACGCCUCCCAAACAGCGCACACCCUCUUCCUCGCCCGCUCCGGCAUCACCGGCGUCGUCCUCCUAGGUUCCACAGGCGAAGCCAUGCACCUUUCCCGGUCUGAACGGUCCCACCUCAUCAAGUCCGUCCGGAAAGGGCUCGACGAGGCCGGCUUCCAGAAAUUUCCCAUCAUGGCGGGUGUCUUGACCAACGGAGGCGUGGAGGAGACGGUGCAGUGGUUGGAUGAUUACACAGAGGCCGGGGCGGAGUUUGGGUUGGUGUUGGUGCCGGGGUAUUUUGGAGCUGGACAGGGGGUGUGGGGAGAGGGACAGGAGGGGGUGGUGAACUGGUUUAAGGAGGUUCUCUGGGGGAUGAAGAAUAAGGAGAUGGGGAUCGUGGUGUAUAAUUACCCCGGGGUGAGUAAUGGGGUGGUGCUGGAGCCGGAGGGUUAUAGAGCUCUGGCCGAGGAUUCGAGGGUGGUUGGGUGUAAGAUGUCCCAUGGAAACAUCUCGCACCACCUCCAAGUCUCUCUCGAUCCCGAAAUCAACCACGAACGAUUCCGUGUCUUUUCCGGCUUCGGCCAACAACUCGGUCCCAUUGUUCGGUUUGGCGCAGCUGGCGUUAUUGACGGCAUGUCGGCUUACUACCCUAAAACGGUGGUCAGAUUAUUCGAGCUAGCGCAGAAGGACGAUCUCAGGCCGUCGGAGAGGGCAGAGCUGAACAAGUUGCAAUACGUGGUGAGCAAGGCCGAGGAGUUUGUCGUCAAGUAUGGCUUGAGGGGUAUCAAGGAGGCGACGUACAGGGUUGCGGGCUUUGGAGAUUUGGAGGCGGCGAGAGUGCCGGUUGUCGCGAGGAUGGGGGAGAAGGAGUGGGAGGCGGGGAGGAAAAAGUAUUUGAUGGAGAUUGAGGAGAUUGAAAAGACACUCUAGUCUACAAACAGGAAGGAAGCUGGCAUCUAGGGGGAAUGGUCAAUGACUACCCAUAGGUAAUAAUACCUCUAUGUAUGGGUUUCGUCACGACAGCAAAGCGAAAAGGAAAACAAAA